GGAGGGCGUGAGAUCGCCUGUUGUUAUUUUUUGCGAAGAUGGCGGCUCCAGCCCUCACCCGCCGGGCCGGAUCCGUCAGUAGUAUUGGCAGCAGUCCGACAGCGACACAAAAUUCUACUAUUAACAACAACAGAGUAAUUCCGUGUUAUCCCGAGCUUGAUUUCAGAUCUGGAACAAGGAUAGACGAGUUGAAUAGGCUGGUCCAGGAAUUCAGUAAACACGACCAGCGAGAAUAUGACGACCAACGAGCGUUGGAAAUUCACACGGCCAAAGAUUUCAUCUUCUCUAUGCUCGGCAUGGUCCAGAAGCUGGACCAGAAGUUGCCGGUGGCUAACGAGUACCUGCUCCUCUCCGGAGGCGUGCGCGAGGGCGUGGUGGACAUGGACCUGGACGAGCUCACGCCUUGCUCGCGCGGCACGGACUUCGACAUGGACUUCACGUUGCUGGUGCCCGCCCUGAAGCUGCACGACCGCAACCAGCCCGUCACGCUGGACAUGCGGCACUCGGCGCUGGGCCACUCCUGGCUCAGCCUGCGCCUGUUCGACGAGGGCACCAUCAACCGCUGGAAGGACUGCUGCACGGUGGCGGACCACCUGAACGGGGCCACCAACUAUUUCUUCUCGCCCACGCUGGUGGCCGACUGGUUCUACGAGUCGGUGGCGGUGGUGCUGGCGGAGGUGCAGAGGAAACCCCAGAGGGGCAUGCCGAGGGUGGAGCGGGUGGAGCGCAACGGCACCGUCGUCUCCAUCGUCCUGGGUGUGGGCAGCAGCCGCAUGCUGUACGACAUCGUGCCCGUGGUCUCCUUCAAGGGCUGGCCGGCCGUGGCCCAGAGCUGGCUGAUGGAGAACCACUUCUGGGACGGCAAGAUCACCGAGGAGGAGGUCAUCAGCGGCUUCUACCUGGUGCCGGCCUGCUCGUCUACGGGUCGACCGGAGAACGAGUGGCGGCUGUCCUUCGCCCGCAGCGAGGUGCAACUGAAGAAGUGCAUCUCAGGCAGCCUCAUGCAGGCGUACCAGGCGUGCAAGGCCCUCAUUGUGAAGCUGCUGGCCAAGCCCAAGGCUGUGAGCCCGUACCAUCUCCGCAGCCUCAUGCUCUGGGCCUGCGAUCGCCUGCCCUCUACCUACCUGGGACAGGAGGACUACGCAGCCCACUUCCUGAUGGGUCUGAUCGACGACCUGCAGCACUGCCUCGUGAACAAGAACUGCCCAAACUACUUCAUCCCACAGUGCAAUAUGCUGGAGCACAUGACGGACGAGAUGGCCAUGCACCAUGCCUGCAAGCUGGCCUCGGUCCGCGCCGACCCGGCCGAGCACCUUCGCACGGCCAUCGAGCACACGAAGGACGCCAACCGGCUGACCCUGGAGCUACAGAGGAGGGGGAGCUCGUCUGGCCUGCCCUCCCCGCAGUCAGAGCUCGGAGCUGGAGACCAGCAGCAGACCGAUGACCGGCUAGCCAAGAAGCUCCAGCAGCUGGUGACAGAGAACCCUGGGAAGUCCAUCUCUGUGUUUAUUAAUCCAGAUGACGUGACCAGGCCACAUUUUCGCAUAGACGACAAGUUUUUCUGAAGGACUCUAGUCUAGAGACUCUAAACUGGUUUAAGGCAGAGAAUAUACAUAGUCAAAUUGACACUGCCCCUCUUUCAGAUUAAAAAAAAAUUGUAGACCCAAGCCUGUCAACAAUCAGAGUAAUGAUAUUGACUCCCAAAAACCUAUGGAAGAAAUUCUGAAGGCUUUAUAGCAAAGUGAGUUGUGUUUUCUGAUCAUGACUGGUUUGCGUCUUUCAGCAGUGGGUAUAUUGACAAUUGCUGCAGUAUAAGUACAUUGCGUACAGUAUAUUACCCCAGUAACUAAUGGAGAGCAAAGCAAAAACCUCAUAUUCCCAUGUGCAGUGUUUUGACCUUCUGUUGACAACUUUGCUUUUAACAUAUCUUAACCCAUAUGUUUAGGUAAACUUGUUUGUCCAAAAUAAUGUUGCUAACCAAAUACGUAAACUCAUCGAUCCUUGUUGUGACUGUAGGUCAACACAAGCCUCUUAAACAACCCGUCUGUUGUGAAUGUCAACUUUUCCAAAAUAUGCCAGAGCUCAUGUGAGCAUCUGAUUUUUAUCUCUGAAGUGCAAUUAAUGAAGCCUCCUUUUUGUAAUCUAAAUAAAAUAAUGAAUAACUAAUAUUCAUUGGCACAUAUUUGUAGAUGUGUUCAUGCUCAUGUAAACAUGUAUUGUCAGGAUAUAGCUAUCUAUUACAAGAUAAUGUAACAUUCAAUUGCAUUGCGGCAUUUCAAAUCAUUGAAAUGGCUCAGCGCUCUGCUUUGUUUUGUCCUUGGACACAUUGUUUAUGGGAGACAGACAACAGGAUGCAAGUAUUAAAUUGCUGCAAAGCGAUAUCUUGGAAAAUAACACUGUAAUACCUUUCUAAUGUGUUGGGUGACCUUUGGUCUCUGUGGUCCUUUGGCCAUCUGCAGGGCCGCUGACAGAUUUGACCGGGCCCAGGACAAAGUCGUCUGAAAGGGCCCCCAGCCCAAUACAUACAAUGUCAUAAGGACCCAAUUCUGGGCCCUCUCUCCCACUGCCCCCGGGACAACUGUCCCCUUUGUCCUCCCCCCUGGCGGCACCUCUGGCCAUCUGCAUUAUAAAGGAGCAUUGAACUAUCAGACAAUGGAAGGGCAUGUAAGGAAUUGAGGUGCUGUUUCCAUGUAGCCGGAUAUUUUUAUAUGUGGGUAUUUUUUUCUCCUGUGAAGGUGAAAACGCAACAUGGAGAUAAAAAAUAAAAGCUCAAUUGUAACAGGUGCAUUUUAGCCCACUAACUGGGAUAUUUUUAAAGCAGGAUUUUUGAUAUGUGGGUUUUAAAAAUCUGCUGUGAAACGGAAGGCCUAAACCAAUGUACCCAGGUGAAAAAAAAAAUCCACAUUUAAAACUAUCCUGCUACGUGGAAACAGCUAGGUUUCUGCGAUAAGAUAUUGAUGUCAAUAUUCUUAGCAGGAAUUUGGUGGGCCCUCAUACCAUGUAUAAAAAGAACAACAUUUUCCACAAUAAAUGUCCUGGUAGACU